GCCCAGAGCACCUCGCAGGGGCUUAGCGGACGCGAGGGGUGCGAAUGGGCAGAGCAGAAUCUCUAGAAGGGAAAAUGAGCACCCAGGAUCCUUCAGAUCUGUGGAGCAGGUCGGACGGAGAAGCUGAGCUGCUCCAGGACUUGGGAUGGUACCAUGGUAACCUCACCCGACAUGCAGCCGAGGCUCUUCUCCUCUCCAAUGGAUGCGACGGGACCUACCUUCUGCGGGACAGCAAUGAAAUGACCGGCCUGUACUCUCUCUCUGUGAGAGCCAAAGACUCUGUCAAACACUUCCACGUUGAAUAUACUGGAUAUUCAUUUAAAUUUGGCUUUAAUGAAUUCUCAUCUUUGAAAGAGUUUGUCAAGCAUUUUGCAAAUCAGCCUUUGAUUGGAAGUGAGACAGGCACUCUGAUCGUUCUGAAACAUCCCUAUCCAAGAAAAGUGGAAGAACCAUCCAUUUAUGAAUCCGUCCGGGUUCACACAGCAAUGCAGACGGGAAGAACAGAAAACGACCUCGUGCUCACUGCCCCGUCUCUGGGCACCAAAGAAGGUUACCUCACCAAACAGGGGGGGCUCGUCAAGACCUGGAAAACGAGGUGGUUCACUUUGCACAGGAAUGAACUGAAAUACUUCAAAGACCAGAUGUCACCAGAACCAAUUCGGAGCCUAGAUUUAACAGAAUGUUCGGCUGUACAAUUUGAUUAUUCACAGGAAAGAGUGAACUGUUUUUGCUUAGUAUUUCCAUUCAGGACAUUUUAUCUCUGUGCAAAGACAGGAGUAGAAGCUGACGAGUGGAUCAAGAUAUUACGCUGGAAGUUGUCUCAAAUAAGAAAACAGCUUGAUCAGGGGGAAGGCACAAUCCGAUCUCGGUCAUUCAUCUUUAAAUAGACAGACCUUCCUCGAUGAGGGAUGCCCUGACCCAGGAUCAGGGUGGAAUGUUCCUGAUGUUGUGAUCCACAGCAGGUUGCAGAUGAAAGCUAAGAUUUUUCUGCAGAAACAAAUCAAAAGCAGAUGCGGAUUUGGACCUUUCAGAAGACACCACAUUUGCUGACUCAGAAAACUGCUGCCCUUCAAGGUCCUGCCAUGUCCCUGAGAAUACCGAAGGCUCCUCGUUCUGAUCGAGGCGGAUGAACCACUGCGACCAGGCGUGCUCGAUCUUAGAACACGCAAUGGGAGAUGGUUUUCGUUUUCCCUCGUUGUCCCCAAGCUGGUUGACAUUAGUUACCCAAAGUCCCACUCUGCACCAGGGUCAACUCAUCUGACUUCCGGGUUGUGCUAUUAUCCAGGAAGGAAACAGCUAUAUAUGUAGGCCGAGGCUUGGACUGCUUUUCAGAAAGUGUAUUGAGAUAGCAAAUGUCCAAGAUUGGGGCAGAGGAGCAGUAUUGUUUCUACUUUUUUUCCCCUUUAUACAAAAAAACAAUUUCCAAAACUAAAAUGGAAAAUGUUUGUAGUAUUUAUUUUCUCUUUGCAAAAGGCUCAGAUACCUACUGGGUCCUUUCUUCCCCUCUAAUGAUAAACCUGUGAGAACUAAAUCUCCUAUGGGCUAUUGGGUAAGAUGAUAAGGAUAAUGGAAGGUGCAAUCUUAAAAAAGCAUCUCUUUUAGUCAUUUUGGGGGAAACGCUUUAAAGAGUGAGAAAACAUAGAGGAAGAGUGAUAAAGUAGUAACUUGUAGUUUAAUAAUACCACGUCAAUUAUUAUCAUAACAAUAAUAGAGCACCUGUAAGCACUAAGUUAUCUUCAUCCAACAGUUUCUCAAACCGACUGAAAGAAACUUUUCAACAAGAGUGUGUUAUAACAAUCCCUUCCCCAGAGUGAGAGGGAGGUAUUGGCCCAAGAGAAGAAAAGAUGUACCUUGCACCGCACGGAACACCCUACGCCGUAUUCAAGAGCAACUUCUUUUGUCUAUUGAGGGAGUAACACUAAAUCCACAUGCAAAGGGUAAUGAUGUGUUUGUUACACAGCGUUUUCAAGCCAGAACAAGGGGAUUGAAAUAGGGGCAUGAGAUACUGGCAUCCAGAGCUCCUAAAUAGAUUUUAACCCCUUCUGUUAUCUUUAUUAAUACUGCUUUUUGAGACUGAAGUUUGAAGGGAGACAAAAGUGGAGGAAGAACCCAAACAAAAAGGUUGUGGAGCAAAGGUAUGAUAUGAUGCUGCUCUUGCAGUCCAAAGGGCUACCUUGUUGAAUACGCUUCUUCUGUUAUUUAAACACCUAGGACUCAGAAAUUACAUUAAAUCUUUGUUAUGUUUCAACAAGGUUUUUAAUGUAUUUUGUAAUGUUUGUAUCAUACGGGAUAAAGCAAGUGUCAAGUUAAAAUGUAUUGUGUCAAGUUUGCAAAGUAAGGAGUUAAGACAUAAAUCUUCACUGAGACGUAGUUUUGUUUUUUCUUAGAUCCAAGGGUGUUGUGUAGGUAACAUUGUUUUUACUUUUUGUAAAAUAUGUCAUGUUUAUUUACAUCCUUUGGUUAUCUUUAUUCAAAACAGCAUGAUUUUGCUGUGCCUGUAAUAUUUUCCUAGUAUUUUUAAUAACUGUAAUUUAAAAGAAAUAUAACCAAUUACUAUCAUAAAUAGCAAUGAAGAGUCCACUUUGGUUAGACUAUGAGCUACAGAGGAUUCCGAGUUGAAGAAAUAAUCCCCGUCCUCAAGGAGUUUUCAGUUGAAUAUGGAAAAGAUAAGAAAGACAUCCAGGAUGAUGUACAGAAGUAAAUACGAUAAAUACUGCAAGUGAGGCACAAAAAGCUAAUAUGAUGGAGUGGGCUUCAGCUGGGAUAAAGCCAUUUUCUGGAGGGUUUUGACAUGAAACGGACGAUCUAACAUACACCAUGCAACUAGUACUACCCCAGAUGCUUUACCUGCUCUCGGCAGCCCUGAAAAGUGAUCGCGAUUUCACCACCCGAGAGAUCUCAGCGAAGGGCCCUAGGACGAGGGAGGAGGAUUCGUGCCAAAUCGGAGUGGGGCUGUUUGGGAGAAUAGCUGUCUGUGUCAAGCUCUGUCGCUAACAGUAUGUGCUCAUCAUAAAGUACCUGAAGACACAGCCGAAGGACUAGCAGUUAUUCUCAGAAUCCCCCCAAGCCCGGGAAAAUCUUGCCCCACAGAAGCACUGCUGCCUCUGGACCAGGGGAGCGCCCCGCUCAAAGGUAAGAUGGCUGUUACUGUCUCGGAGGGAAACCCGUCCCUAUUCCUGGGCCACUGGACAGGACACUGAGCAGGCCACGUUCCCUCUCUUCCAGCCACAGGGCACUCGGGAGACUGGGCUCUUCGGUCCUUCCCUCUCACUCACGCUCGGGAUACAGGCCAGGGAGUUACACCGAGUCUCUGCCUGUUUCAGGCAGAGAGCAAGAGAAUUAUUACAGGGUGAAUAUAAAUUCGACUUCCCUCCUCUACUGCUACUUCAGGUCAACUGCAGCAAACUUGUAGUUUUGUCAAAGUCUUCCCAGGCACGUUGAGCCUACACUCCGCUCACCACGAUUCAGGCUGUCUGGGCAUGACGUCGAGCAGAGCUUCUUAAAUUAUCUGUGGAAAAGGGCCAGAUUUGCUUCCUUUUAAAAUUUAUUUUCUAUCACAGACUGGGAAUUUGUAAAAUCCAAUAAGUUAUUAGAACACUGAAGUAAAAAUACAACUAUCACAAUCCCAUUUUUAAAAUCAAAUUCAAUAGACGACAUAAAGUUAGUAGGUCUGUGUUUUAAACCCUUAACCCUCAACUUCUGUAACGUAUUUUGUACUAACAGAACAGCCCAGUCUGUGGACAUUUCAAGUAGGUCUGGCUGGUGGACAGCCACGUAAA